AUGGGAACCAAACUUGAAUAUGUCAUCAAUCUUCUAGCAACUUCACAAAAUAUCAGGAGCAUUAGUGUACAUUGUGUGGAUGAUCUGGAAUAUUUGCAGAUCAGGGGUCUGAAUAAGAACCUUCAAGUUAGUAGGAUAGGCAAGUUUUGCAGCUCUAUGGACAGGAUGCCUGACAAACACAAUAUAGACUUCAUCAAGAAGACAAUGCAGUUGCAUGACGAUAUCUUCAAACAACAGGUAAGGGAACUCCAUAGGCUGUACAGUGUUCAAAAGCUGUUGAUGGAUGAGUUGAAGAAGAAAGAAAUUACACAAAACCAGAAGUACUGGAGUCCAAUGUCUAGCUCAGAUAUUAACUGCUCUCGAUUCGUUAACCGGACUAAUUCAACAGCACAAACCCCUUGUGGUUAUAGUUUUCACAUUCAAAGCCAGGGAGACGAUCCAAGUUCAAGAGAAAGAAGUGGCAGCUGCUCAGGUGAGACGGUGAGAAUGACAAGGGGAUUCGAUCUUGAAAGGCCUGCCGAGGAAGAUAUAUCAACUGGAGUUAGUUCCAUGGACGAGAACCAAGCAGGGCCAAGCUCUUUUCAACCCCAAAAAAGAAAAAUGAGCAUUGAUGGAUCUGAUGAAGAUAGUGAAGUGGAGCUGACAUUAAGCAUUGGAGGUAGCACUACAAACAAGAAGAUAUCCAAAAACUACAAGACGCUUGAACUUGAUUCUCCUGCCUCGUUUAAAUCUGAACGAGGAGAGGAUUGCAGCACUCCAACAACCCCAAUGAGCAGCUCUAGUGCAACAAGCGAUCAGGACAGAAAAAGGCCGCUUUGGCUUUUCCAGAGUUUAAGCAUAAAUAGGACUUGA